UUAGUAGUGAUGAUAUUAGUAGUAUUAGUAAUGGUAAUGAUGAUGUUGAUGCCACCGAUUCAAUAUCUACCAGUAUUGCUGACCCAAUUGAUUCAGUAUUGAAUCCUCAAUUAGGUAUUAAAUCGGAUAACAAGUGGAUGUUUAGGAAUAAAAUUAGAUCAUAUUUGUCUUACAAAAAUUUUGAUAUGAUUGGCGAUAAUAGUGCCAAAGCAACACUUUAUGAUGAAAAAUGUGGUUACCCGGGUAUUAUCUCAUAUAUUGUUGGCGGAAAGGAGACACCCGAAGGUCUCUAUCCAUGGCUGGUGGUCCUACUCAAGGAUGGCAAUGCCUGGUGUGGCGGAGCUAUUAUUAGUAAUCGAUGGAUAUUAACGGCUGCCCAUUGUUUUCUUAGCCGAUAUUCACCCGAUCACUUUACAUGGGCUGUUAGGGUAGGCACUAAUAACAGGAAUAUUGGACUAACAUAUAAAAUUGAUAAAUUGAUAACACACGAACGAUUCAAUUUAGAUAAAAUGCUAAACUCGGACAUUGCUCUCAUUAAAACUAACCGUCCCAUAGAGUAUUCAAAUUUAGUAAAGCCUGCCUGUCUGCCCAAUGUUUCAUAUGUUGAGCCGCGAACAAAAAAACUUAUAGUAGCCGGGUGGGGGUUUAACAAAUUUGACGACUCGGAUAUGGCUAUUAAACUAAAGGAUGUUAGACUAGACAUGAUCACCGAUAGUCAAUUGAUGCCUGUCAGGUAUGUACACAUUUAG